AUGGUGGUGCCAGCGCGACGCGUGAAGACGGAGUACAUGAAGCGGUUCAAGGAGCCCAAAUGGGAAUCGUGCAGCGCCUGCUACCUAGAGCUGCUGCGCUAUCGCCUCAGCCGCCGCCUCCUGGAGCAGGCGCACCGGCCCUGGCUGUGGGACGGUUGGGAGCAGGACAGCGGUAGCGGCGGCGGCAGCAGCACCGCCGGGUCCCCCUCCCCACCGGGCGCCGGUAGCCCCGCAGCCACGCAGGAAGAAGAAGCAGCAGCGCCAGCGCCGAACGAGCCGGGACGGGCGAGCCCUGAGAAAGAAAAAGAGGAUCAAGAAAAGCAACAGAGUGAAGAGCAAGAAAAAACUGUGGAACACAAUUCUGUGAAGGAAGCAGACAAAACUAGCCGUACAGGACGACGUCCGAGUCGAAGUGCCUUGUCCAGUCGUAAUGAUCGAAGAUCAGCCAAGAGUCCUCCAAAGACAGAUGCACCAAAGGAGAAUAAACAUCCAUUUGCUCUGUAUGGGUGGGGAGAAAGACAGACAGAUACUGGAAGCCAGAAAACGCACAAUGUCUGUGCUUCUGCUUCAGCAAACGAAAUUCACGAAUCUGCUCUACGAGCAAAGAACAGGAGACAAGUGGACAAAAGGAAGCUUUCUCAGAGGCGAGUACGAUCAGCAGAAGCAGAGAAAGCUUGGCAAAUAAAGCCCUCCCCACCAGAUAACCCUUGGAUGACAGAGUAUAUGAGAUGCUACUCAGCAAGAGCUCGGUGA